AUGAGCGCGUCUAGUAUUCCGCUGAAGGUGCUGUUCGACGCCAUCGGCACGACAGUUUCACUGGAGGUAUCUAAUGGCGAGCUCUACACGGGCACUCUGAGUGAGGUCCAGGAUAACAUGAACGUACUGCUCACAUCUGCGAAGAAGACGAUGAAGUCGGGGCGUAUAGUGGAGCAAAAGAGCGUGUUUGUUCGCGGCUCCACCAUUGUGUUCUUUCAGCUGCCGGACGCCCUGCAGACCAGCCCGGCGUUGGUGAAGGCGGGGCAGGCGGUGUCCAACGCCCUGGAUGACAGGGGAGAUGGCAAGGGAUUUGGUGCGCAACGCGCCGCCAAACGCGCACGCAAAUAA